AGUGGACAAGACCCAUAGACAGAGACAGAGCAGAGCAGAGACAGACAGCAAGCACCAUGUCGCGACUCUCAGAAUACCAGGUCGUAGGCCGAAAGCUCCCAACAGAGAAGGAGCCAGUCCCCAAGAUCUACCGCAUGCGUCUCUUUGCGCCCAACACUGUCGUCGCAGAGUCACGUUUCUGGUACUUCAUCAAGCAGAUGCGCAAGUUGAAGAAGGCAUCCGGUGAGAUCAUCGCCGUCAACCAGAUCCUCGAGAAGCGUCCACUCAAGGUCAAGAACUUUGGUCUCUGGCUGCGAUACGAUUCACGCUCCGGCACACACAACAUGUACAAGGAGUACCGUGCCAUGUCCCGCGUCGAUGCCGUUGAGCAAAUGUACAGCGACAUGGCAGCUCGCCACCGUUCGCGAUUCCGAUCCGUCCACAUCCUCAAGGUCGUUGAGCUCGAGAAGACGGCAGAUGUCAAGCGUCCAUACAUCAAGCAGCUCCUCGACCCAAAACUCAGGUUCCCCCUCCCGACCAGGCUUCCCAAGCAGGCCGGAGCAGGCAAGAAGAUCUUCUCUGCCCAGCGUCCUGCGACUUGGUACUAGACUUCUUGACGUUAUAUACCUCUUUUAGCGCUAGUGAAAAAGCCCUUUCUGCAUCCACCCUG